AUGUCGUCUCCCAGUCAUAAAUCCAAGUCUAGGACUCGGAAAACUACAAAAAGAACACCCUAUGGAAGUACAUCAUCAGAGGAAUCAACAGGAGCUUGGAAAUGGUGGAUCAUCUUACCUGUAGUUACCAUCCUCCCUUAUCUUUUCUCCAAAGCUCAUUACAACCUCCCUGAUCCUGUUUCACCAUAUGAUCCGUCUGGUCUGCCACAGGUAUCGGAAGAUCUGGUGAUGGGACAUAUUGCCGCUUUGGAACAAAUAGGUUAUCGGAUAGUAGGGACACAAGAAGCUCUAGAUGGGGAGAAAUACGUUCUUGAUCAAGUCAAGAUAUUAGAGGGAAAUUGUAAUGAUGGUGGGGUUUUGAAAUGUGAGGUUUGGGUACAAAAAGGUUCUGGAUUUCAUGAAUUCGAACUCCUCGAUCAUGAAAUACUCAAAGUCUACAAAGGUAUAACGAAUAUCAUCCUUCGUAUCACCUCACUUUUUCCACCUUCAGGUCCUAGGGAUCCAGAAGCGAAAGAUGCUAUUCUCUUAGGAUCGCAUAUCGAUUCCACUUUACCAAGUCCAGGUGCUGCAGACGAUGGAAUGGGGGUGGGGGUCAUGUUGGACGUAGCGAGAGUUUUGGUCGAACGUAAUGCUCCUUUUGACAAUUCUAUCAUUUUCCUAUGGAAUGGAGGUGAAGAAACGUUACAAGACGGCUCACAUCUUUACUCUACACAACAUGAAACGAGACAUAGCGUGAAAGCCAUGAUCAACCUCGAAGCUGCUGGUACCACCGGAGGAGCUUUAUUAUUCCAAGCCACCAGUGCGGAAUUGAUAGAGGCUUAUUCCCGUGCGCCUCAUCCUCGGGGUACGGUCAUUGCAGCGGACGUUUUCGCUUCAGGUAUCAUCCUUUCCGAUACGGAUUUUGGUCAAUUUGAACAAUAUCUCAACGUACCCGGUUUAGACGUCAGUCGACCCUUCCAAACGGCUGACAACAGCGAUUCCAUAGUAAACAUCGAAACAGGUGCUGCUCAGCAUUUCGCAGAUAAUAUCAUAGCCAUUGUCGAUUACCUUCUAUCUCCAAAUUCACCAUUACCUCAUACUUUAUCUCCUCCCCAUACAGUGUAUUUAUCACUCUACGAUCGAUUUUUCUUUCAUUGCACUAUGCCAACAGCCGGUAUAGUGUAUUUCACCAUGGCCACAAUGGUUCUAGCCGUCAUUAUUGUAGAUCUCCGACAGUCCGCUAUAAGACCAUUCCUCAUCGCUCUUAUCGGUACUCCCGUCGGUCUCAUCGCCGGUCUUAUCCCCGCCAUAUUACUAGCUUUAUCAUUAUCAAGUAUCGGGAAAGGACAACUUUGGUUCAGACAUGAACAUUUAUCUCUAGUGCUUUAUUGUCCUAUCGCAUAUUUAGGAAGUCUACUAUGUCAAUAUUUUCUGUCCACUUUCCUACCACCUUCUCAACGACAUCGAAUGGAAUCAGCAACUUAUCAUGCUCAAUUAGUAUGGUAUACGACUCUCAUGUUAUUAAUUCAUAAUUUGGGAAUCCGAUCAGCAUACAUCUUCACAUUCCUCGUCACUCCUCAAUUAUUAGCGACCAGUUGGAAAAUGUUUCGUCAAUUGAUCAACCCGAAGGGAGCCCGUGAAUUAGGUGCCAUAGGUGGAUACGUUUUACCUCUGGCUGUGUUGAUGUUCUUAUGUGUGGAAGCUAUCACUUCUACAUUGGACAUUUUCACUCCGUUAAGUGGUAGAAUGGGUAAAGACGCCCCUGCGGAAAUUAUAAUAGCUACUAUUUCAGCUAGUUGCGGAUUGGUGUUUUUCCCACCUGUCGUCCCAUUGUUUCAUCGUCUUCCGCGGAAACAACAAAGAAGGACUAUAAUGGGGUUGACGGUAUUGACUUUGGGUGUGAUAGGUUUCAUGACUAGUCCUAUGUGGGGUCCAUACGAUAAGAUGCAUCCGAAGAGAGGGGCUGUUCAGUAUACACAUAAUCAUACGGAUCACACCGACACUCUCCAUCUAGCAUACAUGGACAGAGGUUACAGUCAUUUCCACAUAGCUCUACACGACCAAUUUGCUCCUGAAUCAAAUAUGACACAUACCUCUUUAACUCCCUACGAUCCAGAUUGGGACGUUUUAUAUCCCGUCUCGACUUUUCUGGAUACGUAUCGAUUUGAAAUUCCCGGUCAAGAGUUUUCAUGGCCUGAUUUGCGUUGGAGUAUGAAAGAGGUUUCAAGAACUGGGGAUGAAAGGAGGGUACGAUUGACUUUUGAUUUUACUGGCCUCCUAUGGCCUACAAUAGCGUUCGAGGCCGAGAUACUAGAUUGGAACUUUGAAUUCCCUCCUCCAAAAGGAAUCAAGAGACAUCAUUUCAAAAUUGCCACAUCAUUAGACGAUGCGAUCGUGGAGCUCGAAUUGGGAAUUCCAUUAGAGAAGGUGAUAAUGGAUUGGAGUGCUAUCGAUAUGAACCAAAUGGUCCCUAACACUGCUCCCCGUCUAGGACCCAAUAUGCCCGCUAGCAAACUAUUGACUGAGAUUGAUAGUUGGGCUCAAAAUGCGUUCUCGGGAAGUAUAGAUCUCUUGAUGUUUGGUGCUGUUGUAGGGUCUAUAGAAGUUUAG